CCCCUGCUCUCCGUGGUGGAGGUCCUGGGAGACGGCGCGUCCGAGAUGGAGGCGUCGGUGUCCGUGGCCGGCUGCGGUUGGAGGACAGAGCCGCGCCUCGCCGCCGAGUAGCAGGCGGCCCAGGUCCACACGCGCGCACUCCGGAUCCGCGUUUUGCGUCGCGCUGGACUAUGUGGGACACGCGUCGCGAGCCCGCGCCCGCCGCGCUGCAGUGCACUCCGCGGGCAGAGCCCCGGGGCCCGGCGUCCACGCGGCGCUGACCGGCCGGCGGCCGCUGCAGGGACCGGGCGCCUGGAUGCUGCGGGCCGCGCAGCAGGGGCGCCGCCCGGAGUCCCAGUGCGCGCUGUGCGGGGAGCCGGAAGAGGAAGACGGCGGGGACCUGGUCCAGCCGGGCAUCAGCUUCCCAGGGACGGAGGAGGAAGACCUAGACCCGCCGUGCUCAUGGUCACCAGCUCAUCAGUUCAAUGAGGAAAGAUACUCCCCCGCCCCGAGGAAUAUGAAAGGCCUGUCCGGGAGUCGGAGUCAAGCGCCGCUGUGUUCUGGUCACACGUGUGGCUUCACCGCGCCCGAGGACUGCGAGCACCUCCACCAUGGGCUGGACACCAGGCCGUCCUACCUGCUCGGCGCCUCGGACAGCUACCCCGCAGAUCGGCACCGCUGCUCCCCGAGGAGCUCGGUCCACUCCGAGUGCAUGAUGGUGCCGGUGGUGCUGGGUGAGCACAUGUCCAGCAGCACUUUCCCCAGGAUGCACUACAGCUCCCAUUACGACACGAGGGACGACUGUGCCAUGUCGCACGCCAGCACGAAGAUCAACCGCAUUCCGGCCAACCUCCUGGACCAGUUCGAGAAGCAGCUGCCGCUGCACAGGGACGGCUUCCGCACCCUGCAGUACCAGAGGACCUGCGCCGCCGAGCAGCGCGGCGAGAGCCCGGGCCGCAUCCGGCACCUCGUGCACUCCGUGCAGAAGCUCUUCACCAAGUCGCACUCCCUGGAGGGCUCCUCCAAGGGCGCCGCCAACGGGACCAGGGCCGACAGCCGGGCGGACGAGCGUCCCCACGGCCACCACGCCAAGCACGGCAAGCGGAGUAAAAGCAAGGAGCGGAAGCCCGAGGCCAAGCACAGGUCGGGCCUGAGCAGCUGGUGGAGCUCGGACGACAACCUGGACAGCGACAGCACGUACCGAGCCCCCAGCGUGCUCAACAGGCACCUGCUGGACCACGUCCCCCACUGCUACCCGGAGCCGCUGCAGGGACCCUUCGGGGCCCUCUCCCUGAAGACUUCCAAAAGUAACAAUGACGUCAAGUGCUCCGCCUGCGAGGGCUUGGCCUUGACGCCCGACACCAAGUACAUGAAGCGGAGCUCCUGGUCCACGCUCACCGUGAGCCAGGCCAAGGAGGCCUACCGCAAGAGCUCCCUGAACCUGGACAAGCCCCUGGUCCACCAGGAGAUGAAGCCGUCCUUGAGGCCGUGCCACUACCUCCAGGUGCCUCAGGACGAGUGGGGAGGGUACCCCACCGGCGGCAAGGACGAGGAAAUCCCCUGCCGGAGAAUGAGAAGUGGGAGCUACAUCAAAGCCAUGGGGGACGAGGACAGCGGGGAGUCGGACUCCAGCCCCAAAACGUCGCCCACGGUGGCCAUGCGGCCAGAGCCGCUGCUUGCGUCCACGGGCCCGCGGCCGCUGGGAGACCUGCAAACCCAGAGCUACCUGCAAGCUGCAAGUGAUGGGCCUGCCAGCCACAGCCUGGACCCCUCUGCCAACUACAACUCCCCGAAAUUUCGCUCCCGGAACCAGAGUUACAUGAGAGCUGUCAGCACGCUGAGUCAGGCCAGCUGUGUGAGCCAGGUGAGCGAAGCCGAGGUCAACGGGCACCUGGAGUCGGUGUGCGAGUCCGUGUUCAGCGAGGCCGAGUCUCAGGCCAUGGACGCGCUGGACCUGCCCGGCUGCUUCCGGACGCGGAGCCACAGCUACCUGCGAGCCAUCCAGGCCGGCUACUCCCAGGACGACGAGUGCGUCCCCGCGAUGACGCCCUCCGCCCUCCCCGCCAGGGCCCCCGCAGCUGUCUCGUACACGAGCUACAAGAAGACGCCGCCCCCCGUGCCCCCACGGACCACCUCCAAGCCACUGAUCUCGGUGACGGCGCAGAGCAGCACGGAGUCCACGCAGGACGCCUACCAGGACAGCCGCGCCCAAAGGACGUGCCCGUGGCCCCAGGACGGCCAUGGCCUCUACAACUCCACGGACAGUCUGGACAGCAACAAGGCCAUGAGCCUGGCCCUGGAGACAGCUGCCGCCCAGCGCCACGUGCCCGACAGCCAGAGCGGCCCGGCGCGGACCAACGACAAGGCCAUCCUGGUGUCCAAGGCCGAGGACUUCCUCCGGGGCCCACGCUCCUCCAUCGGCGUCCAGGACUCUGAAUUCCCAGAGCGUCAGCCAUACCCAAGGUCAGAUGUGGAAAGCGCGGCAGAUUCCGACACGGAGAGCCGCGGGCUGCGGGAGUACCACUCGGUGGGCGUGCAGGUGGAGGACGCGCAGCGACACGGACGCUUCAAGCGUUCCAACAGCGUGACGGCCGCGGUGCAGGCGGACCUGGAGCUGGAGGGCUUCCCGGGACACAUCACCAUGGAGGACAAGGGCCUCCAGUUCGGGUCCUCCUUCCAGCGGCACUCGGAGCCCAGCACCCCCACGCAGUACGGGGCGCUGAGGACUGUGCGCACCCAGGGGCUCUUCAGCUACCGAGAAGACUACCGGACACCCGUGGACACGGCAAACCUGCCCCCGCCGGAGCCCUGGCUGGAGCCGGCCACCGACACCGCGGACAGCGGGAGGAUGUCCCCGUGCCGCAGGGACGGCUCCUGGUUCCUGAAGCUGCUGCACACGGAGACCAAGAGGAUGGAAGGCUGGUGUAAGGAGAUGGAACGGGAGGCCGAGGAGAACGACCUCGCGGAAGAAAUUCUCGGCAAAAUCCGGAGCGCCGUUGGGAGCGCCCAGCUCCUGAUGUCCCAGAAAUUCCAGCAGUUCUACUGGCUUUGCCAACAGAACAUGGACCCCAGCGCCAUGCCCAGACCGACCUCCCAGGACCUGGCGGGCUACUGGGACAUGCUGCAGCUCUCCGUGGAGGACGUCAGCAUGAAGUUCGACGAGCUGCACCAGCUGAAGCUCAGCGACUGGAAGAUCCUCGAGUCUCCGGAAAGAAAGGAAGAAAGAAAGGUUCCCCCUCCGAUACCAAAGAAGCCCCCCAAAGGGAAGUUCCCCAUCACGAGAGAGAAGUCCCUGGACCUGCCGGACAGACAGCGCCAGGAAGCUCGCAGACGCCUCCUGGCCGCCAAGCGGGCGGCCUCCUUCCGUCAGAACUCGGCCGGCGAGCGUGCCGACAGCAUCGAGAUUUACAUCCCCGAGGCCCAGACCCGGCUCUAGGGGGGGCCGCCCUGCGUCCCUCUCCCCUCCAGGCGCUGUACAGCUUGUCACCUCCCCUCCAUUCUGUCCCGUUUCCCCACCACGCGCCCCAUGUUGUGUUCUCUGUGCCAUACAUUCCCUGGAAUGCUUCUGCCGUCCGGGGCGCCCCGCCUGUGGCCAGAAUGACCUUUUUUUAUUCACUGGACGGCCUAACUUACAAUCAGCUGUGAGGGAUCAGCGUGGGGACACCCAACUUAGCCACUCUAUUCUCAGAGGACAACAAGAAACAUCUCUUGGGAUGGAACCCAGCUCACCUUUUGUUACUUAUAUUUUUAUAAACUGUGAUAAUUAGAGGCGAGAAUAACAAAGAACUAUAAUGGGGUGCAUCUCACCACUACUAGAGGCAUUAGACACCCCAAGUGGAAGGUGCUACAGGCGGAAGUGCGGGAGAGGAAGGCCCCACCCCUGACCUGGGGCGCUUCCCCUAAACCCAGCUGACCCAUCACUAGGUCCCUUGUCCCGGCUUUCCGGUCGUGAGGAGUCAGCUCUGCAGCCACCCGCCUCCCUACCAAGUGGCUCUCCAGAUAUGCAGCGGUCACAAGCCUGGCCCGGGGAGAAUGUCCAGCACAGCCACAUGAGAUGGUCACCGAUGUGGGAGUGACAGAUGGAAAGAGGGCACGUUCUACUGAGAGCUGGCUCUCCUGCUGCGGGAUCCCAGAGAGAUUCUCCUCACUCGUGUCGUUUUUAUUCCUUUGUAACUUAAACUGUCACACGCAGUUUUGUCUUUAAGUUCCCCCAUUAUGCUCUGUGUGAUUUUUUUUAUAGGUGUGUAUAUAUAGUCUCGAACUGCUCUAUCAGUUGACUUUUCAGGGUAUCCUUAAAAAAAAAAACAAAAAGUUUGCUUGUUUAAAAUGACAGUUGUGAUGUUGUAAAAAGCUUAAGAAACAUGAAUGUGAGUGGUAAGUAUAUCUCAGUUUAAAUGGUAAAGAAGAAAUGUAGUUUACAUUUGUAUUUUUCCAGAAUUCUUUUGUCCUAUGCAGCAUUGCUAAAGUCAAGAAUUUAUUUCUUGCCUGUUUUAGACAUGACGGGAAAAAGGUCACGUGGUGACUUCCAGCUGUGCACGCUGAGAAAAGCACCUGGCUCUCACGGUUCUGAUUGGCACCAGGGAGUAGGAAGGACUCCAAUGACAAGGUUUUCCAUUUGCAUAGUUAAAUUUAGACACCGUGACCAUCCUCCCAGCCCUGCUUGUGUGCUGCUAUUGAGCCCCGUCUUCAGAGGAGGAGCCCAUCAGAUUUGGCCAUUUGACCCCAAACUCAGAGUUCUCCCUGUAGUCGGAGUGCAGGCCGGGUUGCGUUGCGAGUGGAGGCAGAUGUUUGCGCCCAGCACCUCUCCCUUCGCGAGCUCAGCCCCUGGCAGAGCCACUCCCGUCACCUACUGUCGCACUUUGUCCUCUCACCUGUGACUCGCACUUUAAAUGUGCCCAGCUCUGUGCAGCCUGACGCCCCUCCCGCGGGCGUCCGCCAGGCGGGCACGCCGGAGUUCUUCCUUGUCCUCAUCCUCCACAUCCCACGACGCACGGGGUCGGUGAGCACUGGGGAUCAGAGCAUGUCUAGCUUCAGAGUCUUACUUUUUUAAAGCUGAGUAGUUAAGAACUCCCCGUAGGAACAAAACCCUGUAAAUUGAACCUCAUAUCUGGUAUAUAUUUUACCAAACAGCCUUAAAAUAUAUUUGGAAGCAAAAAUCAGUACGAAUGUAUAUCCUUGAAAAAUGCAAAAAAAAAAAUGUCCCUGAAAUAUUCUUCUAUAAAUGAAACCUAUCUCCCCAGAGUGUUCAAAGCAUUUUUCUACCUAAAUAAAUACCUAAAUCCUGAGUAGUGUACAGUAACAUGCUUCUUCCUGUAUCCACUGCACUAUGUUAUAAACAAACGUAUCUGCAAGCAUUGGCAUUUUAGACUUGAAAGCGACGUAUUCACAAUGAACUGCUCUCUAGAGAUAAGCCACCGAAGAGCACGGCCAGCGUCUGUCCCUUACUUGGAGGGGGAGUGACACGCGCCCGCCCGCCGGCCGUACAUGGGACCUCCUGGCAGCUGAUGUGUCAUAUCUCAUUUCCUCGGACUGGCACAAAACACAGCACAGCAAAUUAUAAAAUUUGACAAUAAUUAUUUAUUGUACAUCCCAGGUUCUCUGAGCCUGACUUGAAUGAAAGUAUUCGCUGGGUUUGGAUUAAUUUUUUUAUGUUUUGUAUACUCAUUUUUAUCUUAAAAUCCCCAAAAGUCUUGGCCUGAACCAUCCCCAGGUGAGCAAAUUACCCUACAACUAAAUUUGACGGCGGUCAUCGAUUCGAAGUGGGGAGCACAUAGGAACCCGUUUGGUCCACCAAGUCCCAAAGAAGGUUAUGUGAUGCCCGAUGAGCGUCACCUGCCCACGUGACAUGAGUAAGUGCAAUAUAUCCAGCUCUCCCACGGUGACACCCACCAUGAAUGCAGAGAUAAGCCAUGUUUACACAUUUAUAUGUACAGACAAAUAAAACCAUUUAGAAUA